AUGUGUUUCAAGUUCAAAUCGUACGAAAUCGAUGUGAGAGUGGUUGGAAAUGCGAUUGUGAUCAAGGGAAAGCACGACAAACGUCCCAAAGUCAAUGGUUACAUUGAACGACAGUUUGAACGCAAGUACGACUUGUCAAAUGACUUCCGAAUCCGUGACGUAACAUCAUCAUUGUCAACCGAUGGUGUUCUAACUGUCAAGGCCUAUCCCACAAUACCACCACCGACACUUGCCUACAUUCGAAAUAUUCCAACAUACCAAUCCUUCCGACCAUCAUACUUGGAAAAUUAAGAAAACAACAACAACAAUCCAACAAAAUCAACCAACGCUGAUUACAGUGCAAGCAGUGGACGUGCCCGUGGACGUCGUCUCGAAUUAAAGAAAAUAUGCACACAUACACACACACACACAAAUCUAUUAACAUUUUGAUUUUUUGCUAAUAAUUACAAUUGAGAGAUAAUUCUUUUUUUUACUAUAACAGAGCAUUUUUGUUAUGUUUUUUUUUGUUGUUGUUGAUCUAUUUCGUUUUGUCACAAUAUACAAAAGUCAAAUUGGGUUCUAACUAAUCAAGAUUUCAAAAUCGCCUACGCGUUGAGAAAUGAACGAUUCUAAUUAAAUGUGCUUUUUUUUGUUUAUACAAGUUUUAUUAAUCGAUUCAAAUAAAAUAAUUGCAAUCAAAACGACAAUUUUCUAUUGGUUGUUUCUU